AUUACCAUCAGUUUCAGUCGCAUUCACGUAUAUUACCAUUAAAUAACCCAACAACCUCUCUAACGAUUCACCAAAAAAUAAAAAUAAAUAAAAAGGUACUGUAGACGUUUCUCCUCCUUUUUUUGGAAGUUCGAUUAGUCGCCUUAUCACUGCGUUUUUUCCGUCAAAAAAAGUAAGAAGAAGAGGAGGAAGAAGAAGAAGAUGGAGAAGCCUCUGCUAAGCGGAGAAAGCAGUGGCCAUGCCAGGAGCGAUGGGAGGUCGGCAAGCUUCAGACGACGAUCGGACGCCAUAGCCUACGGCUCUCCUUACCAGAAAGCUGCUGCGCUUGUCGAUUUGGCUGAAGAUGGGAUUGGCUUACCUGAGGAAUUACUUGAGAAAUCCAACUUUCAAAGUGUUGCAAAGCUUUAUUUCUUUUACACUCAACUGGACUUCAUUUGGUCCCUCAACUAUUUUGCACUUGUUAUCCUAAAUUUCUUAGAGAAACCUUUGUGGUGUUACAAGAGUACUACUGCAUAUUCUUGCAGUGACCGGGAUUACUACUUUCUUGGGCAGCUGCCAUAUUUGACUGGUUGGGGGUCUCUUAUUUAUGAAGGAAUAACGCUUGUUAUACUGAUAGUACAUACUUUCUUCCCAUUAUCAUAUGAAGGGGCCCGUAUUUAUUGGAAACGUCCCCUUAAUCAGUUUAAGGUGUUUUGCCUGUUAAUUUUGGUUGCUGAUCUGCUGUUUUAUAUUCUCUAUUUGUCACCGGCGGCUCUUGAUUCUCUUCCUUUCAGGAUUGCGCCAUAUAUUAGAGUUGUCUUUUUCAUCCUGAAUAUUAGGGAAUUAAGAUCGAGUAGCGUAAUCCUGGCUGGAAUGCUUGGCACGUACUUAAACGUCAUGGCUCUAUCAGCUCUGUUUCUUCUGUUUGCUAGUUGGGUCGCCUAUGUCAUGUUUGAGGAUACCCAACAGGGAAAAACAUUGUUUACUUCGUACGGUACCACAUUGUAUCAAAUGUUUGUUCUAUUCACUACAUCCAACAAUCCAGAUGUUUGGAUUCCUGCUUACAAGGUGUCACGCUGGUAUUGCUUGUAUUUUGUUCUCUACGUGCUGUUGGGUGUUUACUUUGUCACCAACUUGAUCCUUGCCGUUGUUUAUGACAGCUUCAAAGGCGAGCUCGCUAAACAAGUUUCUGAAAUGGAUGAAAUGCGGAAGCGUACACUAGAGAAAGCCUUCAAUUUGUUAGAUAAAGAUAAUCGUAAAUAUAUUAAGAAGGAGGAAUGCAUUGAACUCUUCAAGGAGUUGAAUAAAUACAGGACUCUGCCAAAAAUAACUAAAGAAGAAUUUGAAUUGAUAUUUGAUGAGCUAGACGACAGUGGUGACUUCAAGAUCAACUUGGAUGAAUUUACAGACCUUUGCAAUGCUAUUGCCCUGAGAUUCCAGAAAGAGGAUACUCCAUCUUUUUUUGAAUAUUGUCCAUCUUUCUACCAUUCACGCAUUUCUGAAAAUUUGAAGGCCUUUAUUCGGAGCCCCAAAUUUGGAUACAUUAUCUCCUUCAUUCUCAUCGUAAAUCUUGUCACUGUCAUCAUUGAAACAACGCUUGAUAUAGAAAACAACUCUGCUCAGAAGGUGUGGCAAGGGCUGGAGUUCGUCUUUGGAUGGAUAUAUGUACUGGAGAUGGCUCUGAAAAUAUAUGCAUAUGGAUUUGAGAACUAUUGGAGGGAUGGCCAGAAUCAAUUUGAUUUUCUUAUCACAUGGAUUAUAGUUAUUGGAGAAACUGUAACUUUUGCAUCCCCUCAAGGGUCUAUUCUUUCAAAUGGAGAAUGGAUUCGAUACCUUCUUCUUGCAAGAAUGUUGCGAUUGAUAAGGCUGCUGUUGUACGUCCAGCGUUACAGAGCCUUCAUAGCAACAUUCUUAACUCUCAUACCGAGUUUGAUGCCAUAUCUAGGGAUACUAUUCUGUGUCCUGUGUAUCUAUUGCUCUCUUGGUGUGCAGAUCUUUGGAGGAAUGGUUAAUGCUGGGAAUCCCAAGUUGGAAGCAACAGAUCUUUCUGACGAUGAUUAUUUACUCUUCAACUUCAAUGAUUACCCAAAUGGUAUGGUGACACUCUUCAAUUUGCUAGUCAUGGGAAAUUGGCAAGUGUGGAUGCAGAGUUACAAGGAUUUGACGGGCACUUCUUGGACACUUGUGUACUUCAUCAGUUUUUAUCUACUAACUGUGUUGCUGCUAUUGAAUUUAGUUAUUGCAUUUGUCUUGGAGGCUUUCUUUGCUGAACUGGAUCUUGAAUCAUCAGAAAGAGGUGAAGAACGAGACAAGGAAUCAGUAGCAGGACGCCGAUCUGUUGGCUCGAAGUCUAGGAGCCAAAGAGUUGAUGCGCUUCUCCACCACAUGCUGAGUGCGGAGCUAAAUCAAACACAGAGCUCCAAUGCAUAAGCUCAGCUUCAUUUUCCAUUCUGGCUGUUUUGUUAUCUAGAGAGAGUGAACGAGAUUGGAAAGCUAUCAGCUCCUUGCUUAGGAUCUCAAGAUGGUCUUCAGAUUGUGAAAUUAUUGAGAAAGUGAGACUCCCCUCAAAGUAAGCACGGUUUAAAAGGUUGAAUGAGUACGCCAAAGUAGUCUUGUACUUUUGGCCGGCCAUGUAUUAUGUGUUUUUAACCACUCCUGGCCUGUUAUUGUCUGUGUCUUUUCUAUCUGUUGUACCAGCGAAUUCUUUAACAAACUUGUACUGUUUAUAGUUUGAUAGAAUAGACAAUGUAAUGCACUCUCAGUGGAAGAGGGAAGAAGACGAAAUGAAAUGAUAUAUAGAAACUGCGUUGUUUUCUUUUGUGA